CAAUUCCAGGACAACUUCUCCAAAUUGCCAACGACUUCUAUCACCUUCCCUUAGAGGUCACAAUCCUAAAGGAAGAACACGAUGAACAGCCUUAUUGCACCACUUUCAGGUUGGACUUCCGCAACGACGGUUUCAUGCAGGACAUGUUGCAGCGACGGGCGGGAUUCAACAGGACUUCCCUUCCUAGCUUCACCCUCGGGAAAUUGUUCCGCCUCUUCCCCUUCGGCAUCGUGCUUGGCCCGGAGCUCAAGAUCAGACUGGCUGGGGAGAGGAUCCUUCAGAUGCUGGGGAAGGAGAUGCUGGAGUCUGACUUCCUCGACCACUUCACCAUCCAGAGGCCCCACGUGAAGCUGACUUGGGAGUCGAUGAUAAUGUUCCAGAGCGUGACCUGGGAAGUGGAGUCCAAGAAACUACCGAAGAUCAACACCACGAACGUCAUGAUGCCCGACGGAAGUUACAAAUCCAACACCCUUUCCUGUGUCAACGAUAUGCCACCCGCCGAGGAUCCAGCCAAGCUCCCUGGACAGGCGAGAGGUCGUCCUUGGAGUCGUCUCGUGGGCUCCUCCUCAAGGGACAGAUGUACAUCCUCAAGGAGUCUAACGUCGCCCUCUUCCUCUGUAUACCGCUUCUGAACAACCUGGUGGAGAUGCGAGAAACAGGUCUUUUUCUCAACGACCUGAGUAUGCACGACCUGAGCAGGGAAAUGGUGCUCUCCGGAUGGCAUCACUGUUCCAGACUCCAGAUCAUGUACAACCCGCGCCGAGAGGACUCCAACAAGCUCGAAGACGCCUACAUGAAGGUCGAGGAAGCCAAGACGAGGGCGGAUGAUCUCCUCUACUCCAUGUUGCCGCCAGGUGGCUGACAUCCUCCGCCAGGGGAAGAAUCCGCUGGAGACUUGUCAGGCCUUCGAGGAAGUGUCCGUUCUCUUCGCCGAAGUGUCUCUGAUGGAGGACCAGGACCUCACCCACACCGUCAACCGAGUCUACCAGACGAUAGAUAAUAUAACUGACCAGUAUUCCGUUUUCAAGGUGGAGACGGUUCUGGGCGUGUACAUGGUGGUGGGCGGGGCACCGGAGUACCAGCCCGACCACUGUGCCCAGCUGGCGUCCUUAGCACUCCACAUGGUCAGGCAGAGCGAAGAGUGCAAGACACAUAACCUGCGG